CUUCUGAGUCGGCUAACGCUUCUUUUUUUUACAGAAGUGCAUCGCUCAGGCUAACCGCAACCCGUUUUAUGAGACCGAAUAAAAAUACGACUCCAAGCCAUCUAAUGUCACCUGCCUAAGCCACUGUUCAUUAGUCAAGAUGAAUCGUCCAAAGCCGACAGCCCUCAGGCGCCCCAAUGCUGCAAAACCAUCAGGUCACCCUCCGCCAGGAGAUUUCAUUGCUCUCGGCCCAAAGGGUGGAGAGCCCAAAGCUCCCGCUGUCCUGCUGAAGCCAGUAUCCACAAAUCUACCGGCUGACCGCAAGAGAGAGACCUCCGCCGCUCUGCCCUCUUCAUCUGGUCUGUCCGGCCUCGCCAAGCGGCCCAAACUGUCCACCACCCCACCAGUCAGCGCUCUGGGACGACUCGCUGAUGUUGCAGCCGUAGACAAGAGGGCGAUAUCGCCCUCAAUAAAGGAGCCGUCAGUGGUACCCAUUGAAGUGUCGGCGGCGAUUCUUCUCGAUGAGAUUGAAGCUGCAGAGUCUGAAGGAAAUGAUGAUCGCAUCGAGGGGCUGCUGUGUGGAGCGGCGAAACAACUCAAGUUGAACCGAGCGAAGCCCGACAUAACGCUCUACCUCAGUCUCAUGUUCCUGGCCAAAAUCAAACCCAACGUUUUUUCCACCGAAGGAAUUAUCGAGGCUUUGUGCAGCCUCCUGCGUCGGGAUGCUGCGAUCAACUUUAAAGCCAAGGGGAACAGCCUCGUGUCUGUUCUGGCGUGCAAUCUGCUGAUGGCAGCCUAUGAGGAGGACGAGAACUGGCCAGAGAUCUUUGUGAAAGUGUACAUUGAGGACUCUCUGGGGGAAAGAAUCUGGGUGGACAGUUCUCACUGUAAGAAUUUUGUUGACAACAUCCAGACUGCUUUUGGGACAAAGAUGCCCCCGACAAGUAUGUUGCUGCAGGCUGACACCGGCCGCUCUGGUGGCGAUCUCAGUGCAGGUAGCAGCCCUCAUCCCUCAACCCCCGAGGAGGAUGACAACCAGACAGAACUGCUGAUAGCGGAGGAGAAACUCAGCCCCGAGGAUGACGGGCAGAUGAUGCCGAGUCGAAUGAUCCUGGCGUACUGUCGGUACGAUGAACUGGCAGAGAGCGUGGAAGACUACGUGCUCGACGUCUUGCGCGAUCAGUUGAACCGCAGGCAGCCGAUGGACAACGUGUCACGGAACCUGCUGCGUCUGCUCACGGCCACGUGUGGCUACAAAGAGGCUCGGCUCAUGACCGUGCAGAGGCUGGAGAUGUGGCUCCAGAACCCAAAACUGACUCGAGCGGCUCAAGACCUCCUCAUGUCCUUGUGUAUGAACUGCAACACCCAGUGUGCAGAUGACAUGGAGGUGAUCUCCAAUCUGAUCAAGAUCCGACUCAAACCUAAAGUUCUCCUCAACCAGUACAUGCUGUGUGUCAGGGAGCUGCUCAACGCGAACAGAGACAACCUGGGCACGAUGGUGAAGCUGGUGAUCUUCAAUGAGCUGUCCAAUGCCAGGAACCCGAACAACAUGCAAGUCCUUCACACGGUGCUGCAGCACAGCCCCGAUCAGGGUCCAAAGUUCUUGGCGAUGGUGUUCCAGGACCUGCUGACCAAUAAGGACGACUACCUCCGUGCCUCGCGAGCUCUGCUGCGAGAGAUCAUCAAACAGACCAAGCAUGAGAUUAACUUCCAGUCCUUCUGCUUUGGUUUAAUGCAGGAGAGAAAGGAGACCACCCAUGUGGACUUGGAGUUAAAAGAACGUUUUGUCAUCCAGGUGACGGAUUUACUGACCGUCUCUAUGAUGUUGGGCAUCACCGCUCAGGUCAAAGAGUCUGGCAUCGCGUGGGACAAAGGAGAGAAGAAGAAUCUGGAGAGCCUGAGGUCGUUUCAGAAUCAGAUUGCUUCCAUCCAGAGAGACGCCGUGUGGUGGCUUCACACCGUGGUUCCUACCAUCAGCAAAGUGAAUGCAAAAGACUACGUUCACUGCCUUCACAAAGUGCUGUUCACGGAGCAACCCGAGACGUAUUACAAGUGGGACAACUGGCCUCCGGAGAGUGACAGAAAUUUCUUCCUUCGCCUCUGCUCCGAGGUGCCUCUGUUGGAAGACACGCUCAUGCGCAUUCUAGUGAUCGGGCUGUCGCGGGAUUUGCCCCUGGGCCCCGCCGAUGCCAUGGAGCUCGCCGAUCACCUGGUGAAGAGGGCUGCUGGAGUUCAGUCCGAUGUAGAUCUGGAGGUCCUGAGAGUGGAGAGGAUCCAGCUGAUUGAUGCGGUGCUGAAUCUAUGUACAUACCACCACCCGGAGAACAUUCAGCUGCCUGCAGGGUACCAGCCGCCAAAUUUGGCAAUAUCCGCACUGUACUGGAAGGCUUGGCUGCUGCUGCUUGUGGUGGCUGCGUUUAAUCCUCAGAAAAUAGGUUUGGCUGCCUGGGAUGGCUAUCCGACACUGAAAAUGCUCAUGGAGAUGGUUAUGACCAAUAACUACAGCUACCCUCCAUGCACCAUUGCGGACGAGGACACAAAGACGGAGAUGAUCAACAGGGAGCUGCAGGUCUCCCAGAGAGAGAAACAAGAUAUCCUGGCCUUUGAGAGCCACCUGGCUGCAGCCUCCACCAAACAGACCAUCACAGAGAGCAACAGCCUGCUGUUGUCUCAGCUCACCAGUCUGGAUCCACAGGGUCCUCCUCGGCGACCUCCUCCUCUGAUCCAGGAGCAGGUGAAAACCCUCAACCAGUCUCUGCGGCUGGGACAUCUCCUUUGCCGCAGUCGCAACCCAGACUUCCUCCUCAACAUCAUCCAGAGACAGGCUUCCUCUCAGUCCAUGCCGUGGUUGGCUGAUUUGGUCCAGUCCAGCGAGGGGUCCCUGGAUGUGCUUCCAGUGCAGUGCCUGUGUGAAUUUCUGCUGCACGAUGCUGCAGAUGACAGUCUACCAAUAGAGGAUGACGAAGAGGGAGAGAGCAAGGAGCAAAAAGCCAAGAAGAGACAAAGGCAGCAAAAGCAAAGGCAGCUCCUCGGACGGCUCCAGGAUCUGUUGUUGGGUCCUAAGGCUGACGAACAGACCACAUGUGAAGUGCUGGACUACUUUCUGCGUCGCCUCAGCUCUUCUCAGGUGGCAUCGCGAGUCCUGGCCAUGAAGGGUUUGUCAUUGGUGCUGAGCGAAGGAGGCUUAAAAGAUGGAGACGAGCGGGAUCAGCCCAUGGAAGAAGACUCGACAGAUGCUGAGCUCUUGCCAGGGUACCAGUGGCUGCUCCAAGACCUCCCAAAGCUCCCCUUGUUUGACAGUGUCAGAGGCAUGACGUCCACUGCUCUGCAGCAGGCGAUUCACAUGGAGACGGAUCCGCAGACAAUCAGUGCCUAUCUUAUCUACCUAUCCCAGCAUGCACCAGUAGAGGAGCAGGCUUCUCACAAUGACCUGGCCCUGGUAAUCACGGACGUCGCCCGGCUCAUCGUCGAGCGCUCCACCAUCAUGAACAGCCUGUUCUCCAAACACUCCGGCAGACCGGAGUCCGACGCCGUGCUCAGUGCUUUCCUCACCAUCUUCUCCGCCUACAUCAAGAGGAUGAGGAAGACCAAAGAGGGCGAGGAUCUUUACAGCUGGUCAGAAUCUCAGGACCAGGUGUUUCUGCGUUGGACCACAGGAGAAACCGCGACCAUGCACAUUCUUGUCGUUCACGCCAUGGUUAUCCUGCUGACUCUGGGGCCACCCAAAGGAGAAAGUGAUUUCUACGCUCUUCUGGACAUUUGGUUUCCCGACAAAAAGCCUCUACCGACGGCCUUCCUGGUUGACACCUCAGAAGAGGCCCUUCUGCUGCCUGAUUGGCUGAAACUGAGGAUGAUCCGAUCAGAGGUUUCUCGAUUAGUUGAUGCAGCUUUGCAAGACCUGGAGUCUCAGCAGUUGCUGCUGUUCGUCCAGUCCUUCGGCAUCCCCGUGUCCAGCAUGAGUAAACUACUGCAGUACCUGGAUCAGGCGGUGUCUCAUGACACAGAGACGCUAGAACAGAACAUCAUGGACAAGCACUACAUGGCCCACCUGGUUGAAGUGCAGCAUGAGCGAGGUGCCACCGGGGGGCACACUUUCCAUUCAAUACUGAGCUCCACUCUUCCUCCAGAUAUCGAUUCUGCUGAAACAAGUACGGCCAAAGUUACCGUGGAAACGCCACACAGCUCUGUGAAGAUGAGAGCGGCCAGUCAGCUUCCUGACGUUGGGCCGGAAGACGAUCUCACCGGCAUGUUGCUUCAGAUAUUCCCGUCAAAAGUGGACCCCCGCUGGCACGGCCCCCCUCCCAGCCAGCUCUCUCUGGCCUUGCAGCAGGCUCUCGCUAAGGAGUUGAUGCGGGCCAAGCAGGGCCAAAUUCAGCAGGGCGGGCUAGCGUUUCGGCUCCUGCAGGCCUUUGCGGCCUUGCUCACCUCUACUCACGCGGGGCCUGUUGUCAUAUCGAUGCACCACAGCCACGCCCUCUCCUGUCCUCUCAUGCGCCAACUUUACCUCUACCAGCGUCUCGUGUCCCAGGACAAGGCUUUCUCCUCACUAUUCCUGAAGGUCAUUGUUGAGAUGCUCAUUUGGUUAGACACCCCAACUGUGGAGGCAGGACCGCUGAAGACUCUGCUCAAAUCCUUCGCCGGUCAGAACUCUACCAAACACCGGCACAAUGAUGUGCGUUCCGGUUUCCUCCACCUGGCGGAAGCUCUGGCGUAUCGCAUAGAAAUAGAAGUGCCGCUGAUAGCCAUCAUUGCAAUGCUGAAGUCUGGAGAGCGAUGCAAUGCGGAGCCAGAGCUCAUUGAGAAAGUGUUACAAGGGCUGAUGGAGGCGAGGUCGCCGUAUCUGGAGGAGCUCCUGUCCCUGUUGAUGACUGUUGGCACACAGAACGGGACAGCCGGCCCCGUUGCCACGGUGAUUUCCUUGCUGCUUCAGGAGAGUGAGGAGCGAUCUGUGAAAAAGGAAGUGGAUUCUAACAACAGCACCGAGGUGACAAAGUCCGGACUGAGCUCUGGGCUGCUGGUGGAUUGGCUGGAGCAUCUCGACCCUGAGGUGACCUCCGUGUGUCCGGACCUGCAGCAGAAACUGCUGUUUGCCCUCAACAAGUCCAGAGGAACUCCUGCCUACAGACCAUAUCUGUUGGCCUUGCUCACACAUCAGUCAAACUGGUCCACCCUCCUGCAGUGUAUCAGUGCUCUUCUCAGCAAGUGCAGAGACUACAAACUCGACCCCUCAUCAGCCCUUGAUUUCCUGUGGGCCUGUAGCCACAUCCCGCGUAUCUGGCAGGGACGCGAUCAGAAGAUCCCUCAAAAGAAAACCGAAAAGUGUGUGCUCCGACUCAGUUCCGAAGAGCUCAUCAGCCUGGUGGACCUGAUCCUGUCGGAGUCGGAGCUCAACAGUCGCGACUCCCCGCACAAUGACAAAAGCAGAUUGGACCAGGCCUCCUGCUCCCUCAUCCAGUCCCGGCUGCCCCUCCUUCACUCCUACUGCAGCGGAGAGCUGGAAAACAUUAAGAAAGUCUCCGAGUACCUCAUCAACUGCACAAAGAAAUGGGAGGACAGUGCGAUGAGUAAGCGUUGCCAGAACUUGCUGCUCCAGAUCUAUCUGCACUUCCCUGAGGUCAUCCAGCACGUUACCCUGCCCGAAGGCACAUUCAGCAGCGGGGGGGCUGCAGACGGCAGCAGCUGCAAGCUUGAUGUUCUGGUGCAUCGUCUGGUCACACUGCUCGCCGAUAUCGGAGACACAAAGUCCGUUGAGGGCCGUGUGUCCGAUGCCAACCUCGCAUGCAGGAAGCUGGCGGUGUCGCACCCGGUCCUUUUGCUCAGACACCUGCCUAUGGUUGCGGGUCUCCUACACGGCCGCAUUCACCUGAACAUGCAGGAGUUCCGGCAGCAGAACCACAUGACGUUCUUCAGCAACGUGCUCGCCAUCCUGGAGCUGCUGCAGCCGCUCGUGUUCCACGGCGACCACCAGAGGGCGCUUCAGGACUGCCUUCUGUCAUUUAUGAAGGUCCUCCGGAACUUCCAGAGGACUCGUUCGCCGCUCGUCUUCAUCAACAAGUUUUUGCAGUUCACGCAGAAGUACAUCACCCACGUUGCAGCGGCCGCCAUUCCCUAUUUACAGAAGCACUCUGACAUCUUGCAGGGUUUGUGUGCAGAAAACCCCGACCUGGUUCAACUGAAAUCUCUGCUGGCUGGACUCACGCUGCCCGUGAAAAGGUCUUCUGCAGAGACUGAUCCCGAAGAGAGAGACGAUGACAUGUCCACUGGUUCCUUGCCCCUCGUUAACAUAUCGGCCUCGGUUUCACUGAGUAUGGGUGACAUGACAAUGUACCUGAAGAAGAUGUCGAGAGGAGAGGCCGUCGAGGAUGUGUUGGAAGUGUUGACAGAGGUGGAUGAGAAGUCUAGGAGGACCCCCGAAAUCAUCCAGUACUUCAUUAGCGAUCUGCAGAGACUCAUGAUGUCGUCUGAGGAGCUGUGUCGGAGCAUGGCCUUCAACCUCGCCCUGCGCUGCAUCCAGAAUAAUCCCUGCCUAGCAACGGACUUCCUGCCGACCUUCAUGUACUGCAUGGGCAGCGGUAACUACGACGUGGUCCAAACGUCUCUCAGGAAUCUUCCGGAGUAUGUGCUUCUCUGUCAAGAACACGCAGACAUCUUGCUCCACAAAGCGUUUUUAGUGGGUAUCUACGGACAGAUUGACACCAGUUCAAUGAUCUCAGAGUCUAUGAAGGUCCUUCACAUGGAAGCAACAACAUAGCGACAACGCGUACGGGGCCACAUCCAAUACACAUUAAGUUUCUGCAUUCCAGAGGUUUUUUUCAUUGCCUUUUUCGUUCAAACAUUGCUCUUAUUUGAUCAUCACGGAUUAAUAAACUCUGUGGCUCUUCAGUGCUCCAUAUUAAAAGAUCCAGCAGUAAUCUAAUUACUUCUGGAUAAUUUAGUGACUUCAAAGAAUGCAUUACAAGUCCCUCUAAAUGAGUUGAAAAUAUAAUAACUAAAACUGUAAAAAUGCUUUUAUCGUGAUAAUGGCGCAAUUAGUACAUUUACUACUUCUAAAGGGAUUUAAGUAAUUUUUAACUGAUAAUAUAAUGAUACAUUAUAAAAUAAUUAAAGAGAUAAGAAGAAUGAGGAUGUAAUUAGGUGAUAUUAUUAUAUUAUCAGUUAAGGCAACACAGAAUAUCAAAAUUAUUAUGAAUAUGUAAUAUAAUAAUACAUAUUAUAAUUUUAAAGUGUAAUUAAAUUUAAAUUAAAACAUCCAUUUUUUAUUGUAUUUUCAGACAUUUGUGUGGGAGUUUUUGCCCUUCUGCAGUUAUUAAAUUACUAAUAUACAUUAUUACAAAGUGCAGAGCUUGAUGUGUAAUUGGAAAAUUGCACACUGGUGUUGCUUGAUAGCUAGAAUAUGAAAUAUCAACAGUAUUGUACAAUUAAGAAGCGGACUAUAUGCCACCAUAUGUAGUUAAUGAACAACAACAGAAAAAAAGCAAUAUUUCUUCUCACAAUCCCUCGAUCCAGUGUAUGGCAGCAACUCUGAUAUCAUUUUCCUCAUUCUUUUCAAAUUAUUCAGAAUAAAAACUGUUAUUGUGAAUUACUUGAAUCGCUCAAGAGAACCCGGUCAUUUAUUUUUAAGUCUCAAUGCUUUACCUGAACAUCAUCUUUGAGUAAUGUGGUGUAAACUGAAUUAAUAAAACUUUUGGAAUAUG